AUGGGUGGCCUGCCGCCGCCGCCCGGGCCCCCAAUGGGCGGCUUGCCCCAGAUGCGCAUGGGCGGCCCCCCAAUGGGCGCCCCUGGCAUCCUUCCUAUGGGGGGCCCGCCGCCGAUGGGUGGCAUGGGGCUGGGCGGCCCCAUGGGCCUCGGCAUGGGCGGGCCCAUGGGUGUCCCAGGGUUUGGUGGCGGCCCGCCGCCCAUGGGGAUGGCCGGCCUGCCGUUGCCGCCUGCUGGCCUGCCUUUGCCGCCCGCCGGCCUGCCUAUGCCGCCCGCCGGCCUGCCCGCCGCGCCGCCCGCGGUCGCGCCGCCUGUGCCGCCACCGGGCCAGCCGCCGGGCGCGGCUGGCGGCGGCGGCGCCGCCGCCGCCGCGGGCGGGAAGGGCGGGGCGGGCGGCAAGGCGGCGGGCGGCAAGGCGAAGGACGACAAGGGGAAGGUGCGGGAAGCUGCCGGGACGAGAUGGUACGAUCCCACCCUGGGGGAGUGGCCGGAGGACGACUUCCGGAUCUUUGUGGGCAACCUGGGUAACGAGGUCAAUGAUGACCUGCUGAGCAAGGCUUUCAUCAAGUACCCGUCCUUUGCAAAGGCCAAAGUGGUCAAGGACAAGAGGACCAAGAAGAGCAAGGGCUUUGGCUUCGUGUCUCUGAUGGACGGCAACGACUUUGCCAAGGCCAUGCGGGAGAUGGAGGGCAAGUACAUUGGCAACAGGCCCGUGCAGCUGCGCAAGAGCAGCUGGGACGAACGCAACCCCAACCAGCAGCAGGGCGGCGGCGGUGGCGGCGGCGGCGGCGGCGGCGGCGGUGAUGGUGGCGGCGGCGGCAAGGGCAAGGGCAAGCGGAAAUCGCAGCAUCCCCCUGGCAUACCGCCGUCGCACAAAAAGUGA